AUGUCGGUGUACGAUGAGAUUGAGAUCGAGGACAUGGAGUUCAACGAAGACGAGCAAUUCUUUAUCGGCCUCGACGAGCUCCACGACGGCGAAGACAUUGCGAGCUGUCCGUCGUGCUCGCUCACGAUCCGCAUCAUCUUUGACGCCGACGCGCUGCCCGAGCUCCGUGAAGACGACGAGCAUGACGAGGAGGCAUGA